UUUAUGGGCUUUAACCAAAAGCUCCCAAAUAUAUCCAUCAUCAUCAGUCGUCUCGUCACUACCAAAGAGAUUAGAGAGAGAGAUUUUGAUUUUAGAAAAAGAUGUUUUUGCAGAAGCUAACUAAUGGAUUACUCUUCAUUUACUUUCUAUUUAUUUCAAUUGUAGCUCCAUUAUUUGAUGGGCAAACAAUUUUACCUAUUGAAUUCUUCCCUAAAGUCCUUGUCGAUUUAAAAUCAAGUUACGCGCAAGAAAACAAUGAUUAUUUGAUUUCCGACAAACCCCAUUUCUUCGUUGGACUUGUUUGGGUUGAACUUCUUCUUCAAUGGCCUCUCUGUAUUGCUAAUCUCUAUGGAAUCGUCAACAAGAAAUCAUGGGUUAAGAAGACUUGCUUGAUCUAUGGCGUCUCCACUGCUACUGGCAUGGUUGCAAUUUUGUCGGAAUUGAUUAGAUCAGAAAAGGGUUCAUCCAGGGUUGUGAAUAUUUAUGCACCUUUCAUGGCUUUUGCUAUAGUCUGUAUUCUGAAUGGGCUGACUACCAAAUCAUCAACAGUUAAUCUCACUACAAGGCCAGCAAGUGCUAGAAAAAAGAGGGCCUAAUUCAUUUGAUUUGGAGUUCUUUGUAUCUCAUUUUAUGUCAGGUACUUUAGUUUUAGACUCUGCUCCCAUUUUCUACCAUUUUUGUUGUGUUCAUUUCUUUGUAUUGAGGAGAUACCUCAGUUGUGGGUAUUCAAUUUUUUCUUUUUGCAUGAAUUGUUGUACCCUUGGAUUUCUGAUAUAAUUGAUCUAACAAUUAUUUGAAUCUGAUCUGGGUGUUGAAUCGGA